AGGCUACAGAGGGAGGAGAAGAGGAGUGAGGGACAGAGGUGAUAGUUUCCAACCGCCUUGGAGCUCAAGGAACACCUUUGACCAGAGCGAACAACGCCCCGGGGAACGGGGAAUCGGUGCCCCCACCUCCCCCCGAAGUCUCCAAAGUCCUGAUAUGGAAGGGGGAGUGGACGGAGAAGAAAGAGAGUUUUAAGUUUGGUUACAGGCUGCCAAGAUGAAGUUCGGGAAGAGCAUCUGCGUGCUCAACGUAGGGGGGACCCGGUACGCCUUCACCCGUGAGGUGAUCAGGGAUUUCCCUCUCCGGCGCGUCAGCCGCCUUCAUGCAUGCGCAACCGAGAAAGAGGUCCUUGAACUGUGCGAUGACUACGACCGGGACCGAAAUGAGUUUUUCUUCGACCGUCACGCGCAGGCUUUUGUGUUCAUCAUGCUGUAUGUGCGCUCGGGUAAACUCCGCUUUGUUCCUGGAGUGUGUGAGCUGUCCUUCUACUCAGAGAUGCUCUACUGGGGACUGGAGAGCGCGCACUUGGACUCCUGCUGCCAGAAACGCCUGGAUGACAGGAUGUCCGAGAUUGGAAUAGACUCUCUGUCUGAGGGAGACAUCAGAGUGUCAGGGGAUGAACCUCCUAGCCCAGCAGAGCCGGUCCAACGGACAGUGCUCACGAGGCGUGCGAGAUGGCUCGAGAUGAUGCGCAAAGCAUUCGAGGAGCCAAACUCUUCACUUGUGGCGCAGCUGUUGGCUUCAGUGUCCGUGAUCUUUGUGAUCGUUUCUAUGAUCAUGUUGUGCGCGAGCACCCUUCCGGACUGGGACACAGCGAAAAAAACUACUGUGGAGGAGCACAGGAUAGUGGAGGCCGUGUGCAUCGGCUGGUUCACAGCAGAGUGCAUCGUGCGCUUCCUGGUGGCCAGAGACAAAUGGGACUUCCUCCGCCACCCGCUGAACAUCAUAGAUGUCAUCGCCAUCACCCCUUACUAUGUCACCAUGGCGCUGGCCCGGGCGGGAAUGCCCGGCGCCGGCCUCGGGGUCGCAGGUGUGUUCUUACGGGUGCUGAGGAUGAUGCGGGUGUUCUGGCUCAUGAAGCUGGCAAGGCACUUCUUGGGCCUGCAGACACUGGGGCUGACGCUCAGGCGCUGCUAUAGAGAAAUGGUGAUGCUGAUGGUGUUUGUGUGCGUCGCCAUGGCGAUAUACAGCGCCUUGGCUCAGCUGCUGGAGCAUGGUUUGGAUUUAGGAGCACAGAACCAGGAUUACGCCAGCAUCCCUGCCGCGGCAUGGUGGGUCAUCAUCUCUAUGACAACAGUGGGAUACGGGGAUGUGUACCCAGUGACAAUCGGAGGGCGGGUGCUUGGUGGGAUGUGUGUAGUAAGCGGGAUAGUUCUCCUGGCUCUGCCGAUCACGUUCAUAUACCAUAGUUUUGUGCAGUGCUACCAUGAACUCAAACUCCGCUCAGCCAGGUAUGCACGCAGCCUUUCCACAGAGGUACUGCAGUGAAAAUGUUUUUUUUUCUGAAACAUUAACGCCAGGAACAAGCUCAGCAAACCAGCUGCUGUUCUCAUGUGAAAUAAUUACAAACUGCCCUGUUUCCUGCCUGAGUUGCACCUGAUUUUAUUUGGCCUGUCUACCUCCUGCCUGUGGCAUUGAUGAUCUUCAAUCAUCCGCAGCCAGCAUGCUCAGCGCCUGCCUCCUCCUGCUGAAGAAGAAUAGAAAUACACCCAUUAUUAUUUAUUAAACACACGCACAGGGGCAGUAAAUCCAGUUUUGACCGUGGCUGCUGUUUACACUGUAUCCCCAUGGUUACAAAAAAAGCCUGCCUCUUUUUUCCCUCUAUGCUGGAUCAAGUGCUUGUGUGUGUUUGUAUUUGUGCGUUUAUUUGUCUGACCAUGAGCCUUUCACUUAGUCUCGGCUUUGCACCCAGAUGGUCCGAGUUACACAAGAUUGAUGUGUGACCUAGAUGCAUUCUGUUAAAGCUGUGAAACAUGGAGAAGGAGCGAACAUGUAAGUGCAAAGUGGGGACGGAGAAAGGGCAUGCAGAGGGCUUAGUGUGCAGGAGAGGCUGAAGCCUCAGAUAAUGAAAUAUAGAGACAGGUCAGCGAGGAGUGCAGAGUGGCAGACAAAUAAAAGGAUGACAGAUAUGAUGGAGCAGAUGGAGCCUGAAACAAGACAGCAGUGACGGCAAUGUUAAGGAUGAAUACCUGAAGUGUGUUGCUUUCGCUAUAAGUGAGUGUCUGGUAUUUUGUAUUUCCGUCACCUAGGCAAUCUCAUCCUCCAGCAUGUCAAUCAUAAUGGAGGCUUAUUUGUGUGCAUUUAGAUAUAGGCCGGAUACAUGUGUACCUUUUCUCCUUGCAGCCCUGGAAUUAUUGUGAGUGACAGCACAGGAUAAAUUAAAAAAAAGACUGGAAAUAAGCAGAGCAUGUCACAGAUUACAGUUCUGACAUCCAUGAUUCAGACAUGUUUGUACUUUCUGAGCUUUGCCAAGAUGAUAUGAUUUAUUGAAGGGACACAUGAUCCAAACAAACAAGUCCACACCUCUCCCACAUAACAGUCUUUCUCUGCCUGUCCUCUCCUCUCCUCCUCCUCCUCCUCCCGUCAUCAUCCUCUUUUAACACACAUGCAGAAAAAGCUUGUGCUGCUCUGUUGCAAAAGGGAAUUAAACAAUUAAUCUGCCUGAUCAUUAUCUGUCUGUCCUUAAAGUUAUAGUCUCUUCUUACCUCAUAAACCAUGCAGCCUUGUAUGACUUUAAUGUGUAUCCUAGAUCGUACAUAUCUCAAUAUCUUUGUCGUUUCCUUGUGUUUUGUGUGCUUUUUAAGUAAUGUAACAAAUGAAAGAGAAUCCAUAUUUUGACACCAACCCCACACAUCAUUUUUUAAUUCAUGCAGCGUAGCUAAUAGUUGAGUAAGUUUUGGCCGGGCCUGAUUGAAACUAUCAAUCAAAACUUUUUCAUAAGCCGAAAUGUUCUUGUAAUUAAUGUAAUGAAUGUGUGCAGUUUUUAAAAUAAAAUUACCCUGAGUGAAA